AUGUCAGACGGGAGCUCCAGUGACUCCGAUGCGGAGUUUAUUGACCUCACAGGAGGUGAUAAUUAUCAUCCAGACAUUGAUGGGCAUUUCAACGAUGCUCCUGACCGAGAGGAGAUCUCCCUUGGGCUAGACUCCCAUGGGGAGCCAAUCUCCCACAUCAUAUAUCGGCCUGGUGGCCCUAUGGACGUCGAUAACGAAGAGGCAAGCAGUGACGGCGACCAACACACUCCCGAAGUCGAAGGAAGUCUGUUUUUCGAUGACGAUGACGAUGACAUCAGGAAUGGUGAUGGCGAUGACGGUGGACACAGAGGACCUCCAUCCCCACCAUCAUCUGAUGACCCGGGUAGCGAGUCCGACGGGUCAGAAGAUAGCGACAAUCAUCAUGACGACGACGACAAUCAGAGUCAGGCAACCCAACCCAACCCAGGGGCUUCGAACGGAGGAAGCCCUGAUGGUGAUGAUUCCGGUGAUGACAGUUCUGACGAUGAAGAAGAGUCAGAUGACGAAGAUGCCGACGAUGAUCCCAUCAAUGACGAUGAUGAGGAAGGGAAUGAAGAACAUGGGCACAAAAAUCCCAACGCUGAUGUACUUCAGGUCCUGGCAGAAGAAAGUGUCGAAUGGCCAGAAUGGAAUGCCGAGUGUCUCGACACAUGCCAGCCCCCUUGGUACAGUCUUGCUCGCAGAUUCGCAGAUUACCGAAACCGAUUCCUCUUUAAGAGAAACGAAUUAAGAGAGUGCAAGAGAGUCAACAGAAACCGGGUCACCGGCCUAAAUCGCCAGGUCAGAAGCCUAAGCCACCUGGUGACAGUACUCAAAGAAGCAGUGAGAGAGUUCUACGCCGCCAAUGAAGCAAACAUUCAGGAGAAUGAGAGACUCGUUGAGGAAAAUGAGGCUCUGCGAAGCCUUUUGCCCGAAGAAGAAUUGGAUGAUUUCCCCGACCCUGUUCCUCUAAGGGUCGAGGAUAUGGAGGCAUCUCUGCAUCAGGACAUGAGAGACCAACUGCCGCCAGAUAUCAAGAUGUAUCUUCGCGUAUGGCGACGCGGACCAGCGAAGCCCCGAAAGACCGAACGUCUGUGGCCAAAGGCAUACACGCAUUGGAUCAGACGCGGUCGUCAUCCUGACUACAACAACUGGGGAGAUAUCUACAAGCUCUCCUGCCAGGAGGAGAACAUGUCUUGGGCAUUCGGAAAACGUACACCACCCAAGACACAUCCUCAUCUUAUCCUGUGUGCCCCGACCGUGGAACAGGAACAGAGCGCUAUCAUAGAUGAGAGUGAGAGUGAGCGUGGAGGCUGCACUCCGCAGCCAUAUUACCGACGCGAAUGCGCACAGGACGAAGAACAAGAUAUGGGCCCAUCCGCUCUCGACCUUCUUUUUCCCAAAGACCGACAUUUCAUUAUGAUCAAGGCCCUUCAGUAUGUUCUGGUUUUUGAUGAUGAGGUUGUUCACGCUAUCUCUCGAUUGGACCCUUUCUUCGAGCCAAAACGUGUGGAUCGGAAUUGUAACAAUAAAGUCUCGCUGCUCCAUCGUUUCCAUAUUGGGCGAGAGAAGAUUUCCCUCACGUUCGGGACAAUUCACCCUCAGGAACUCCUUGCUCCUCUUAUGGUUAGCAAGGAAUGGCACUUGAUAGGCUCAAGCCUGUUCUAUGGAGCAAACAAAUUCGCUUUCUCUUCUAUUGGCGAAAUCGGAUGCAAGCUCCAGCAUUUGCAGCACAUCGAGCUGUUGUGGAUGGGCUCACAGAAGCUCACGUACAGGAUUGACCAGAAGGGCAAGUACACAUCUCGUCGGACUCAUGAUCUGGCCUAUCUGCCCGAAGCCUGUCGACUAAAGACGGUUGCUAUCCAUCUGCCCGAAUCCUCCAAGCAAUAUAUGCGGCGAAAACACGAGCCGCCACAAAUCGUGGAGUUCCUUGCGCAGAAGACAGCAUCUCAGCCAAACUUCCGCCGCUUUCGUGCGUUGCGCACGUUGCAGGGUGCCGAUUAUCUAUACUGCCUUCGUGGAGUCCGGGAGAUAACAUUCUUCGACUACGACAUGUGGCGAGAUGAUGGCAUGAAGAUGCCAGUUCGUGACUGGACCUUUGUCCGUGAUAUCAAUGAGUCUGUACGCAGGGACAAGUCUGUAUAUGACGAACACUUCUCCCAGCUUCGGUACUUGGCUCCCUUGUUGAACGUCCAGCCUUCCGUCCAACUCGCUGCGCAGCUUGAGGGAUUCCUCAACCCGGGGCCUCAGCGAAUGGGUCUCUUGUCACCUCCUCCUGAUAUGUACCCCCAGCUCCAGGCCGCUCUGGAGCAGGCUGACGGCUCCGAGAAUGAAUCUGAUGGCGAUGCCGGCGGCGGAGAUUCUGAUGAAGAGAUGGGGGGCGACACUGACGACGAUGAUGAUGACGGUAGUGACGGUGAUGACGAUGAUGACGAUGAUGGCGGCGGUGACGGCGCCGCAGAUGCACACUUCAACUAUCAACAUCUUGCUGCAGAUGGUCAUGGUUGUGAGCGAGAUGAGAGCCCGGCCGAUCUCGAUGAGGUGGCAGCAGAAUUGUCCGAUAUAUUAUCUGAUGAUCAAUCUGAUUCCGACUCCGAACAAGAGCAGAAGGAAGAGGUAUGGUCAGAUAAUGGGCAAAUAAUCGACUUAAUGAGCGAUGACGAGGACGACAAUGGACCGCAGUAUGGAAGAGACCGGUCCACUUCUCUCUUCGUUCGAAGUCCCCCACGGGAACAUCAACCUGAGUUCAUCACCAAGGUUGAAUCGCCAUCUCCUCCCAGGGCAACUCCUCCAGCUCUCGCUAACCAGGAUGGAAUAACGCCGUUGAGGGAGACCCGCGCGGACAGUAGCUUGUUUGUGAGCCCUACCCCCUAUGAGGCUCUGAACCCCCAAGCAGGAGAUCGCUCAUCGCCCAUUGACCUCACUGAACAUAUGGGGGUGUCAUUCUCUUCUCCAGCCCCAUCCUCACGCUCGAGCUCUAGCAGCUGUUCUUCAGGAAUCAAGCGAGAAUGGAGUUUUAUCAGCGUGGAUGACGAUGACGAGAACGAUGGUGACGAUGAGGAUGAGGAUCAAGGCUUCCGGCUCUUGGGAAGUUUUCCCAAGCGGCCACGCCUUCCUGAUGGUGAUGGUGACGGCGACGGUGCUGAAAUGAUGGCCAUGAGGGAGGAUCUUGAGGAGGAGUUUGUCCUGGCUUAAAUUUUGCUAUUUGUGGGCUAUAGGAAGCACGGAAUUCGGGAAUUAUUUGCUUUUGAAAUGGGAGAGGUCAUUGAAAUUGAGAUGCUUUAGCAGCGGAAUUAAGUUCAGGGUCCGGGCGAGAGGAAGAGACAUAUUCGGGAAUCAAGACGCA